GCGCACGCACGCGACGCACGACCACGUCGAUCUGUAGGAACUAGGAAUAAAAAAUUAUCAUUCAUCAUUGGUUUAAUAUUUUUAUUAUUACUUUUAUAUUCUAUGUCAAUGACGAUUCGGAACGAUAACCGACGAAUAUCAGCCGCUCGGCGACCGGACAAGUUGUCGGUACCUCAGUAUACCUGCUUUCUGCAUCGCAGUAAUGUCGUAGGUGGUUAUACGGCUACUGACCAGACUAUCUAAAGUAGACGGCUACACACGGGUCGACCGUCGUACGGAUUACCUUUAACCACCAGUUGCGUCCCGCAUCGACGGCCAUCGUCAAGUCGUGCGCGCACACGUCAAAUACCUACACAACACACACACAGCAUUAUUACACUCAUUAUAGGUAAACCGCGAAGUGGAAAUAAUGUUCAGCAGUAAGUGCACGAGUACGGCAAGGCUGGAUGGAAAAACUGCCAUCAUCACCGGUUCGAACACUGGUAUCGGAAAAGUCACUGCAAAAGAAUUCUAUAGACUAGGUGCAAAGGUCAUAUUGGCGUGCAGGGACGUUAAAAAAGCGGAACAAGCCGUUGUGGAAAUCGUGGCUGAAGUACAGGGUGAUGGUAUCGGGCAACUGGUCAUAGAAGAAUUAGAUUUGGCAUCUUUCGCUUCUAUUAAACGUUGUGCGAAAAGUAUUUUACAAAAAGAAAAACAUAUUCACCUGCUGGUGAACAAUGCCGGCGUCAUGACGUGCCCUAAGGGUAAGACCGAAGACGGUUUUGAAAUCCAGUUUGGAGUCAAUCACUUGGGACACUUUCUGUUCACCAUGCUUCUGUUGCCAAGAAUCAAAAGUUCAACCCCAGCUCGCAUCGUAAACGUGGCGUCUCUGGCACAUGUAUUCGGCUCAAUCAAUUUCAAAGACAUCAAUCACGACGCAAAUUAUUCACCCUCCACAGCUUACAGUCAAAGUAAGCUGGCUAACGUGUUGUUUUCAAAAGAACUGGCUCGAAAACUCGAAGGGACCGGAGUUCACGUGUACAGCUUACAUCCCGGUAUCGUACGCACCGAGUUGACCAGAACACUCGACAAGGUAUACUUUCCGGGUAUGUGGUUCUUGGGUCGUAUCUUCCUCUAUCCGUGGGUCAAGAAUCCGAAGCAAGGAGCUCAGACCACUUUGUACUGUUCGAUAGACGAGAAAUCCGGAGCAGAAACCGGACUUUAUUACAGCGAAUGUAAGGUGAAACAACCGUCAGCGGCAGCCAGAGACCCAGAGUUGGCGAAAAAACUUUGGGAAACAAGCAUAGAAAUGGUCGGCUUAAAGGAUUACGACAUGUUUAACUGUAGCGGAGACGCGCUUCCCGAACCUUUAAAAGACGUCUGAACGAAAGUGUCUCGUCAUUUUUUAUCAUUAAUAAUAUAAAUAGUUUCGUUUUGUUUUUUUUUUAUUGGUUUCUUAAACAUAAUUUUUAACCCAUUUAUAUUUUUAUAAUAAAGAAACUGUUUUU